GUCCAGAACAUGUCCCAGUCCAUUGAGGUACUGAACCUGCGGACUCAGAGAGACUUCCAGUACAUCAUGAGGAUGGAGGGCCAGUUCAAAGGGCUAAGGUCAAAGUUCAGACAGGUAGAGGCCGACGGGAAGACACAGGUCAACAGAAACUUCCAGGAGUUGAAGGGUAAGAUGGAGACCCUACAGCCUCUGCUCCCGGUGUUGGAACAGUACAAGACAGAUGCCCAGCUCAUCGUCCAGUUUAAACAGGAGAUCAGGAACCUGUCCAUGGUGCUCACAGGCAUCCAGGAGGAGAUAGGAGCCUACGACUCUGAGGAACUACAACAGAGGGUUCUGAGUCUGGAGGGCAGGCUACGCAACUGCAGGAGCAGACUCACCUGUGGUAAACUGAUGAAGAUCGCUGGACCGGAGACGGUGAAGACCUCUGGGACACGGUUUGGAGCCUGGAUGACAGAUCCACAGGCCUCCCCUACAAACAAUAGGGUCUGGUACAUGGAUAGCUACACCAACAACAAGAUCGUCAAAGAGUACAAGUCCAUAGCAGACUUUGUUUCCGGGAUCGAGUCUCGAACCUACAACCUGCCGUUCAAGUGGGCCGGGACCAACCACGUGGUGCACAACGGCUCUCUGUACUACAACAAGGUCCAGAGCAACAUUGUGGUGUGUUACUGUUUCGAGACGGGACGCGUUGUGACCCAGAGAGCCCUGGAGAACGCCGGCUUCCACAACGUCUACCCUUACACCUGGGGAGGCUUCUCCGACAUAGACCUCAUGGCUGACGAGCUGGGUCUGUGGGCCGUCUACGCCACCAAUCAGAACGCCGGAAACAUCGUCAUCAGCCAGCUCAACCCGGAGACACUACAAAUCCUCGGAACAUGGAACACGGAAUAUUCCAAACGGAACGCGGGGGAGUCCUUUAUGAUCUGCGGAACACUCUACAUCACUAACUCUCACCUGACUGGUGCUAAGGUCUACUACUCGUACUCCACCAAGACAUCCAGCUAUGAGUACACAGACAUCCCCUUCCAUAACCAGUUCUUCCACAUGUCCAUGUUGGGCUACAACGCCAGGGACCGGGCGCUGUACGGCUGGAACAACGGACACCAGGUUCUGUUCAACGUCACGUUGUUCCACAUCAUCAAGACAGAGGAUGAUUCCUGAGGAGGAAGAACUGAUAGGAUCUCAGAGGAACCCACUGGAACACUGACUAACAUUCCUGGUGUUCCGGUGUUCUGGUGUUCCGCCAGUCAUUGUUGGAGUUCUAUUGUUGUGUCUCUCCAUUUUAUUUUUUUGCUCUCUUCUUUUGACAAUCCAUCUUUGUUUUUUUUUUCAAAUUCCUAAUGCAAGGCUUAACAUUGAUAGUUUCCUGGAUGGCCUGGGUAUCGAAGACUUUGGCCUGCAAACUCUGGAAAAACUGGAUAAAGUCUCAGCACACUUCCUGUCGAAUGCAAAUGUAUUGUAAUAGUAGUUUGGCCUCCAAAAAGCAUGACAAACUCUCAGCUGCUCUACACUGAACCCUGUAAGUCUGAGACCAUGAGAGAUUUGGUGUAGGGUUAGUCAAUUUUAAUUCAAGCCAGUCAAUUCAGGAAGUAAACUGAAAUUCCUA